AUGACGAAAAACAUCUCCUCCUCCUCCUUCUCUUCCUCUCCCUCGGUUCGCCAACGCAAGAACAAGGCAGUCGAUUCGGUCAAAGAUGCUGCAGACCACACAUCCAGCGAGUUGCUCAAGUUUGUCGAAACCGAUGGCCAUUUCUCCCUAGUCCGCAACUUUCAUCUCGCUGAUGCAUUCACCCUGAUGAACGCUUUUUGCGGUGCUCAAUCGCUUUUCGCUUCUGCGAGGUACUUGAUUACUUCCGAUCCGAAACAUGCUUGGUUGGCACUGUGGUUCCCGCUUUUCGGAGCAAUCUUCGACCUGUUGGAUGGCAAAGUGGCCCGGUGGAGAAAGAGUAGCAGUAUGCUAGGGCAGGAAUUGGACAGUUUGGCCGAUUCGUUGAGUUUUGGUGCUGCUCCUGCAUUUGCUGCUUAUGCCUUGGGUUUGAGGGGUUCAUUGGAUAGUUUUUUCUUGACACUCUUUGUUUGUGCCGGUGUUGCAAGGUUGGCUAGGUUUAAUGUCACCGCCGCCACUAUUCCACAUGAUGCUGCUGGAAAGGCGAGGUAUUUCGAGGGUCUUCCCAUUCCUUCUUCGCUAGUGUUGGUCGCUGGUAUGGCUGUUUGCUUGUUGACUGGAAGGAUUGAACCAGGAGGUCUUCCGAUUGCACUUGCCAAGGAGAGAGGAUACAUUUCCGGCAACGGUCUCACCUUUACCGGUUCGCUCAGCGAGUAUCUGCCUCAUACUUUCUCCGCUCGUGGUGUUCCGCUUGGUAUGUUUACGAUUGAUUUCAGUAGUCAAUUGGCAAAGGUCUUACAGUUGGUUCCUGGUAUGCGGGCAAAGAGUGCCUUGCAGUGGGGUCAAAGUAUAGCCAAGAUCCAGGGACACUGGUUGGCCUUCUUGUGGCUUGGAUGGGCUGCAGCGAUGGUGUCUAAGACUUUGCGCGUUCCAAAGCCCUAA